AUGACUGCAGUUCCGGCCAACUCUGGCAACGCACAGUCAAUCUCGCCUCCCUUGACAAUUGCUGUGCCAACCAUGCUUGCUUGUCAGCAUCUGGCCCGGGUGCUCGCCGAUGCCUAUUCAAACCCAAUCCAACUUGAUCUUGAUAUGAUUAGGUACAUUGAGGCCCUCCAUGAACGCCCUACCAGGAUGGUUGCAACACAUGAAGAUUCCCUGCUGAAAAAAUUUCCUCGUGGGCCAGAACGUUUGCUGGAGAAGCCCUCGGUCAUUUUGGACUCAGCCAGUCGUAUUAUCUUGUGGUACCUUCCAGAUGUCAUUAGCCCGUGGAUUCAAGCUGAGAUGGAAGAUGCUACAAUUGGUAUGGGGUCCCUUCUGAUGAAAAGCAUGACCAGUGGUCUGGACACCCAGUGGAGAACAUUCCCUGGUAAUUUUCAUGCCAGCGACCGACACCAAUUGACCCCAGGAUGUAUCAAUUUAGCCCCUGGUUGGUUCAUGCAAGGCCGGGAGCCACACGGAUUACCACUGGCUGAUGGAUUCACCCCCGAGGUGUCGGCUGCCCUGAAAGGGAAAGGUGGUCCCGAGAUUAUAAUCUCUAUGCAGCGCGCAGCACUACUGGCCUCGGCUGCUCUUAGGGUGAUGCAUCCAAAGUUGUAUUGGGCCUCGGUCACUACACAUAUCAAACUUGCCCGAUGGGCAUUUACUUUAGACAUUCCUGAGCAUGUAUCAUCAAGAUACGACUUAGCGGUUCAAACUAAAUACUUAACGUACCCUUUAUCCUUUCUAUAA